AGGAGUUUCAGAAUUCGUUUCGUCAUACCAGGGAGCAGCAGUGCUUGUGCUUCAUGGUGAUGCGCAUCCACCACGUAGCGUAGGCAGCUUCAGUCUUCUUGCAUGCUUGCCACGAAAUCCACUCGGUGGCGUCUUCUGCGGCGAUCCUUCUCGCUUUCACCGAAUUAAGCUCUCUCUCUCUCUCUCUAUAUAUAUAUAUAUAUAUAUAUCUGUAUGUGUAGCAUAAAUGCCGGGUAUUUCAUUGCAGGGAUUGACGAAGCGGGAAGGGAUUACAGAGAGAGAGGUAGAUGGAGACGAUGGCUGCUCGGGACAUGGAUUCGUUGGCGACGGAGGCUUCUCUGGCGCCGGUGACGACCGAGCGAAGGGUGCGGACUGAUUUGGAGACUUCUCUUCCCAAGCCCUAUAUGGCCAGAGCACUGGCUGCUCCUGAUGCUGACCAUCCAAAUGGAACACCAGGCCAUCCUCAUCAUGGUUUGUCUGUUCUUCAGCAACAUGUAGCCUUUUUUGACAUGGAUGACAAUGGAAUCAUUUACCCUUGGGAAACUUAUGCUGGCCUUCGCGCAAUUGGUUUCAACAUGAUUGUAUCUCUUAUAGUGGCUGUAGUUAUUAACGGAGCUUUGAGUUACCUUACUCUUCCUGGGUGGAUACCAUCACUUUUUUUUCCUAUAUACAUCGCCAACAUCCAUAGAUGCAAGCAUGGGAGUGACUCUUCAACUUAUGACACUGAAGGAAGGUAUAUGCCUGUGAAUUUCGAAAACAUCUUCAGCAAGUAUGCUCGCACUGUGCCGGACAAGCUCACCCUUGGAGAGCUCUGGGACAUGACUGAAGGAAAUAGACAAUCGUUUGACAUCUUUGGCUGGACUGCAAGUAAGCUGGAGUGGGGACUACUGUACGUUCUUGCUAGAGAUGAGGAAGGCUUCCUGGCUAAGGAAGCCAUCCGGCGCUGCUUUGAUGGGAGUUUGUUUGAUUAUUGUGCCAAGAUGCAGAUGGGUGCUGAGAGCAAGAUGGGCUGAAAUAAUGUUGGCUUGAUGAAUGCUUUGACUUCGCCUAGUUUGAGUAGUAACUUGUCAGGUGAACUCUACUAAUUCGUGCAUGUGUAAUGCUCACUUGUGCCUGAACAUAAACAAUGUGUCCCUUGAGCGUAUACAUAAGCUUUUUGCCUA